AUGCUUAGCCACCUUCUGGAGCUGUGCAAGGAAGAGGAGACCGUGCUCCACCUAAAGGCCGCCCUUCACGACCAGCUAAACCGCCUCAAGAUGUUAAUGCAUGUCGACAACGAAGUAUCGAUCAACCAGACUGCACUGGAGCUGAGCACAAGGAGCCACGUGGUGGAUGAGGAGGUGGAAGAGGAGGAGGAAGAAUCUGAUUCCUAAAGGGGAAUGAAAGCCAGGGUCAGUUAAACAAAUUAAAUAUGUAUAUCUCAGGCAUUUUCUCUUUUCAAAGAAGUCAUCUUGCCAUGGCACUGUGACCAGACUGAAAGUGUGGAGCUGUACAGAUAGGUGAAUCAAUAACUCAAGCUUCAGAGCACUGUAACAAAAGUUAGUGACAGAAAU